AUGAAUAGCUUUGCAAAUCCUAAAUUCCUUAUCCUAGGAGCAGGCAUCAACGGCUUAACAUGUGCCAUGCGACUUUCGGAACAGUAUCCUCACUGUGGCAUUGAGAUAAUUAGUGAGCAUUUCAGUCCGAACACUACCAGUGAUGUGGCGGCAGGACUAUGGGAACCCUACCUUCUGGGGGAAACAUCACGAGAGUUGGUGUGCAAGUGGUCUCGCGAUACUUAUCAAUACUUCCAUAAGCUGUGGAAAGAAGGAUGCGCAGAUGAGUGUGGAAUUAGUUUGAUACCGUAUUACGGAUUGUGUUCGGAAAACCAGGCCGCAGAUGAUUUCUUCUGGAAGGAUUUCGUCUUUGGAUUCUGUGAACUGACUGAGCAUAGGCUACGACAAAUUGGGUUCGAACACGGAGUGAAAUAUUGUUCUGGUGCCGAAUUUGUAACCUUCACUUGUGAACCAACCAAAAUAAUGCAAUUCUAUAUGAGGACACUGCGCGCACGCGGAGCAGUAUUUAGCCAGCAAGCGAUAAGACAGAUGCAAGCGUUUAUCAGGGAAAAGGCACUGUCCAACGAUACCAUCGUAAUAAAUUGUUUAGGUUUAGCAUCGGGAGAGUUGUUAUACGAUGAUGCCGUUAGACCUUGUCGUGGUCAAGUAAGACGUGUCCACGCACCUUGGAUGUUCCAUGUGUUGACCUCCGAAGCCGGUUAUGUUAUUCCCAAUACCGGAAGUGUAACUUUGGGGGGCACCAAGCAAAUGGGAGAUUGCAAGCUGGAAAUCAGUUCCGAUGAUACUGAGGGCAUCAGAAAUGGUUGCGCCGGACUAACACGUGCUCUCGAUCGUGCACCUGUAAUUGCUGACUUGGUAGGACUGCGACCAACUCGAACUGCUGUAAGAUUGGAAGUAGAGCAUGUGAAAGUGGACAGCAAAAAUUCGGUUCCAAUAAUUCACAAUUAUGGACACGGAGGAAGCGGAAUCACACUGGCAUGGGGAUGCGCAGGCGAUGUGCUACGUUUAGUUGAUGAUAUUCUUGGUCACAGCUAUAAGGAAGACGCAUAUAAGCAGCGUUAUCAUAGGAGGAAAUCGAAACUCUAAUACCUACAUCUAAUCGAGAAUUUUACUUCGACUAAUAAU